GUCGGAGGAGCUGCCUUUGCCUCGAAGAUCCUGAAAGGGAGCCGCCCCACCGAGGAGAGUGCAUCCGUUGCGGUCGUCGACGUAUGGGAACUGCUUCAACCGAAGAAGAAAUCAAAGAAGGCUGCCUCCAAGGCGAAGGCUAGUGGGAAACGGACUGCGGUGUCCGACGCGAUGGAGAAUGCCGAGGAGCUCAUGGCCGACGUCGCGGAAGCGGAGGGUUGCCUCCGGAAGCGGUGCUGGCUCGACGAUCUCUUGACGGCCCUGAUCAAUGCUGCAGGCCUCGUCACCGUCACCAUCACCACCACGGCAAUGAUGUUCAUGGGCAAGCUGACCGGCAUGGCCCUGCGCGUGCCGACGAUCGACGUCUCCGUGGUGGAUCUCACCGUGGAGCUGGAGAAG